AUGUCUGAAGAGAAUCAAGAUCAAGCUCCAUCUGAGACUUUCCCAGAUACAAAUAAUGUAAAUGAAUCAUCAGUUCAACCAGAAGGUAGUAUUGAACCAUCAACAAAUGAUCAACCAAAAGAAGAAAAAUCAGAAACUGGAGCAACACAUAUUAAUUUAAAAGUUAGUGAUGGAUCAGCUGAAAUUUUUUUCAAAAUUAAAAGAAAUACUCCAAUGAAAAGAUUAAUGGAAGCAUUUUGUAAAAGACAAGGUAAAGAUAUGAAUUCUUUAAGAUUUUUAAUUGAUGGUAAUAGAGUUGAACCAAAUAAUACUCCUGAUGAUUUAGAUUUAGAAGAUGGUGAUACCAUUGAAGCUCAUAGAUCACAAGUUGGAGGUUUUAAUUAA